AUUCCUCACUUUUGGCACGUAGCUAGCGACAGCUUCGGCCGUGGCCAGUAGUUUCAGGAGCCAUUAGUGGCAGCCAGUGGGAGAUCGAGGAAGCCGAGAGAAAAAGAGUCAUAGAGAGAUUAGAGAAGAGGGAGGAGAAGACUGUAGGUGUCCCCAUGGUGCUGCUAAAGAUAGCUGCACACUGGGAGUUCGCCUGCUGCAAGGUCGCUAAGAAGCUCAGGAGCCAUGGCUUUCUCCUUAGGAACUCAGCCAGAUUGCACCAGGUCCAUUCCUUGCACUCUAGUGUGACCAAGUGCUCCUUAGAGGGAAGAGAGGGCCAAACCCUGGUGUGUGACUUCCAUGGCACCCUCCUUGGGACACCAUAUUUGUUUCCAUACUUCAUGCUGGUGGCCUUUGAAGGUGGCAGCCUCUUGAGAGCUUUCCUUUUGCUUCUCCUCUCGCCCUUGCUCUGGGUUCUGGGUUACCAUAGGGAGAUCACCAUGAGGAUUCUAGUCUUCGUCACCUUCUGUGGGCUCAGGACCAAACAAUUGGAGCUUGUGAGUAGGGCAGUGCUCCCAAAGUUCUAUCUGGAGAACCUUCAUCUCCAAGCCUGUGAGCUGCUGGCCGCCACCGGGAUGAGGGUGGUCCUCACCAGCAUGCCAAGGGUGAUGGUAGAAGGCUUCCUGAAGGAGUACCUCGGUGUGAGUGAGGUGGUGGGAGCUGAGUUGCAGGUGGUCAGAGGCUGCUACUUCACUGGGCUCAUCUCUGGAUCAACCCUGGCCGCAAAGCAGAAAGCUCUCAAAGACAUCUUUGGGGAGGCCAAGGCUGAUGUAGCCCUCGUGAGCUCCUCCAACCUGCAUGAUCAUCUGUUCAUCACCUACUGCAAGGAAACGUUUGUUGUGAACAAGGAAGAGGAUACCAGCGGCAUCAGCACAGAGAUGCCGAGAACCAAGUACCCAAAGCCUCUCGUCUUCCACGAUGGAAGGCUAGCUUUGCUUCCCACCCCCUCGGCCACCCUUGCUGUUUUCAUGUGGCUACCGAUUGCCAUACCUCUGGCCAUCUUCAGAAUCGCCAUGGGGAUCAUCUUCCCCUACAGGGUUACCGUCUUCAUCGGAGCACUCAUCGGCAUACGGUUCGCCGUUGGGAGACCGCACACGUCCACUUCCGACGCCAGCACAGGCUCUUGCAGGAAGGGAGAGUUGUACGUGUGCACGCACAGGACGCUGUUGGACCCCGUCAUUCUUUGCAUAGCGCUGCAGCGGCCGGUGCCGGCGGUGACGUACAGCCUAAGCCGGAUGUCCGAGAUGCUGGCGCCCAUGAAGACGGUACGUUUGACGAGGGAUCGCAAGCGUGACGCGGCCACCAUCCGGCGCCUUCUGUGCGACGGCGACCUCGCGGUGUGCCCCGAGGGGACGACGUGCCGGGAGCCGUACCUGCUGCGGUUCAGCUCGCUGUUCGCGGAGCUGGCGGAGAACAUCGUCCCGGUGGCGAUGGACGCCCGGGUGGGGAUGUUCUACGGCACGACAGCGAGCGGGCGGAAGUGGCUCGACCCGGUCGUGUUCAUGCUAAACCCGCUGCCGGUGUACACGGUGGACAUCCUGGAGCGAGUGCCGCCAGAGAUGACCUGCGCCGGCGGGUUGACGCCUACGGAGGUGGCCAACAGGAUCCAGAAGCAGCUGGCCGACGCGCUCGGCUUCGAGUGCACUGCCUUCACCCGGCGAGACAAGUACAUGAUUUUGGCCGGCAACGAAGGUGUGGUGAGCAAACAGUGCGAAGGGCGUGUGGUGAGUAAUCAAUGCGAAGGGCAAGAGAAGAAGAAGCCGCCCAAGUAAAGUUGGUUGCUGACCGUGACCGGUAGUGGUGUAGUACUGCGACUACUUUCUACAUGGCAUAAAUUUCACCAUGUCUACAGGAUCAUGUGACUCAUAUCACAUAAGUCUCUUUCGUAUAGAACUGUUCUGCUGAGAAGUCUACUGUCAUAUACUUUCUCUCCUUGUCCUGCAGCGCUAGUUGCUGCUGCUGUAACUACGGUUUCCAUUCAAUGAUGGGCCAGUAAAGGAAGAAGAAGAAGCGUAAAGAAUUGCUGCA